AUGUGUCAUAAAAUUGCCAUCCGGAUCCGUUUAAAUUUAGCCGGAACAUUCAAAGUCAAGUACCAGUUUGCUUCGUCAUACACGCGUACGCGGAAGCUCGAGCUCCUUGUACCGCUCCCACAAUGUCACCCAAGGGCAUCAUUAAACUGUCUCCGUGGCCUGAUUUUGACACUCCGAACUGGAUCACUUGAAGGGUCUGAUGUAGUAAAGAGGAUCUGGGAAUUCGUAUUUGCGGGUCCGUCCGUCCGUCCGUCCGGGUCUGUCCGUGCACUCUUCGUUGAGCCACAUCUCCUUGAUGAGCCGAAGAACCAUUUGGAUCUCGGCGCCAUCGUUUUGAAUCAGAUGAAGGCAUGCCACAAACAGCAAAAAGAAAUCGCACACAUUAAGAAAUUCAUCGCUUCCGCUGGUACAUAUGCCAACCUCGUCAAGCAGGCCAAGUCGAAACAAAAAAUCAUCGACAGGAUGGAGGCGCAAAUGAGCCGAUGA